UUCUCCCGAGUUGGUGGGGCCCGCUCCCGAAGCUCCCUGUGUUUGCUGUCUGGGGUUGGUACGUCUCACUAUAUUUCCCUGAUGUCUGCCUGGAACCCUGCCUGCUCGCUCCCUGGAUUUUCCCUGUGUCCAGGACCAUGGUGGAAACAUUAAAUGAAUUAGCCCAGCUGAGGAACACUAGGUUUGGUCGACCUUGGCCCAGACAUGGACUCAAACUCCUCUACUGGUUUGCCAAUGAAUGCAUUUCUUUUGAAAACAACAACAUGCUCUCUGAAUGUGACCCAGCCGAGGGAGAUUUUGGUUUUCACUAUUUUGAGAACAGACACAACCAAUAUGGGAAUAAACUUCUCCCAGAAACAAAUUUCCAUUACUAUGUCAUUGGCAAUCUAAAUUCACCAGGAGCUGAAGAACUUCCUAAUUACGUCUCAGAAGAUGACAAUACUGACGAGCACGACAGCAACACAGACCGGAUCAUUGUCAGUCUUGAUGAGGACUGGUUUGAUCAAGUUUAUGUGACUCAACACAACAACCGAUCAAACUACGAUCCACACGCCACUUACCGGAUCUCCAGAGGACUUCUCAUGAUCAUCAGGAGGAUGAGUUUAGAGGACCUUCUGCAGGAGAUGGGUUAUUAUGCACACACACAGCCUGUCAUCAAUUACAGAGCGGCCACUGUAUCAUCCAGUGAUUCAUCUGCCAACGAGUCCGUUAUCCAGUUAGAUGACGACACACCUGCACAAAACAACUCAAAUAACAUUCCCGCAACUUGGGGAUUAUGGGAAACAUUGUGCACCAUACUUUAAAACAGACUAAAACAGAUGUGCGCUCCUGUGAUUUUAGUUGGACUCAUUGGUGGAUUUCAUAUUUCUCUCUGCCAAGCCUACAUUGACAGAAGCAAAUAGUAAACAUUAACAUUUUUGAUGGGAAUUGGGAAAUUAAAUUUGGUCUCAUUAACAGUGUUUUCUGAUGAGGUUUAUCACUACUCUUCACCAAAGGAACACAUUAUUAAUACUUUUCAAGUUUUUAAUACUCUAAUCAACAUGGACAUGGAUAAAUAUGGAUGCUUUAUGCAAAUGUAUGUUUAUUAUUAUUGAAACCAUAGUCAACAUAGAGCAUGAAGACUAGACAUGUUUCAAAGGUCAUAGAUGUUUUUCAAAGAACUUGUUCAUGUCUAUUAGACACAUGAAAAGAUAAAUACCCGGUUCCCAUUACAUUUCUUUCUUUGCACUGAGCAAUUUACUUACACAAACCUGUUUACAUUUUUGCAUGACAGGGCAGCUCACUUCUUCUGAACAUGCAAAAUGUACAUUUAUUUUUAUUAUUACAUUUGUUUGCCUCUCUGUGCCCACAUACUGUAUUUUGAUGCAGCUAAAUUCUCA